AUGCCCCACAUCCUCCUUCUCGGAACCUGCGACACCAAGCUCGAGGAGCUACUGUACACUCGAGAGAAGAUCCUCGACCAUAAAGACGCUGCCGUCACCUUAGUCGAUGUUGGCCGCACAACCGUUUCUGAUCCCGCCAUCACCGUCACCCCAAAGGAGCUCACCACCAGCUACGCCCCAGAUGGCGCGCCCCCCGACAUCAGCGCCCUGGAUCGUGGCGAGCUCAACAAGCACAUGGCCGCCUGCGCCACAAACUACGCCCGCACCCUCCUCGACCGCCAACGGGAGGACUCAGCUGAGCAGCCCGUCACCGCCGUCAUCGGCCUGGGUGGCAGCGGGGGCACAUCCCUCGCCGCCGCCGUCAUGCGUGAAGCCUUCCCCAUGGGCUUCCCCAAGCUGAUCGUCAGCACCAUCGCCAGCGGCGAGACGGGCCCCAUCGUCGGCGAGACCGACAUCACCCUCAUGUACUCCAUCGUCGACAUCGCCGGCCUCAACACCAUCCUCCGCACCGUGCUCUCCAACGCCGCCGCCGCCAUCGCCGCCAUGGCCACCGCCUACCUCCACCACCCCCGCACGACCCUCCAAUCCCCCACCAGCUCCGACAACAGCAGCAGCAACAAUAACAACAAGACCCCCAUCCGCCUCGGCAUCACAAUGUUCGGCGUCACCACCCCCGCCGUCACCACCAUCCGCCACUACCUCGCGCACCUCUCCUCCCUCCCCCCCAGCGCCUGCCCCUACACCUUCCCGGACACGCACAUCUUCCACGCCACCGGCCACGGCGGCCGCGCCUACGAGCGCCUCGUCCGCGCCUCCGCCCUCACCGCCGCCAUCGACCUCACCACGACCGAAAUCGCCGACCACGUCGUCUCUUCCGAGACCGCCGGCAGCACCACCACCGCCAUGUCCGCCGGGCCCACGCGCCUCUCCGCCGCCGCCAGCACCGGCAUCCCCACCGUCGUCUCCCUCGGCGCCGUCGACAUGGCCAACUUCGGCCCCGCAGCGUCCGUCCCCGACGCCUUCGUCCGCGCCGGCCGCAAGCUGCACGAGCACAACCCGAGCGUGACGCUGAUGCGGACGAGCCCGGACGAGUGCGCGGCGGUGGGGCGGUUCGUGGCGGAGAAGCUGGCGCGGGCGAAGGCGCCGCGCAUGUGCCAGGUUUGGAUCCCGCGGGGCGGGGUGAGUCUGAUGAGCGAGGCCGGGGGCGUGUUUGAGGAUCGGGCGGCGGAUGAGGCGUUGUUUGCGGCGGUGAGGGAGGGGUUGGCCGGGAGCGGGGUGAGGGUCGUGGAGGAUGGGAGGGCGAUUAAUGAUGGGGGGUUUGCGAGGGCGGUGGUGGAUGCGUUGGUGGGGAUGCUGAGGGAGGGGGAGGGGGUGGGCGAGUGA